AUGGCUCUCCGCCCUUCCCGACGCUCAGCCCCCCUGCGCGCACUUUCCCUGCGCUCCGCCCCGCGCGGACUUUCCGCGCGCCUCGUCCCCAUCCUCGUGCUCCUCCGCCUCUCCUACGCCGUUACCGCUGCCGUUCCGACGGACGACAACGCCUCGUCGAUUCGCAUCAAAGCUCUUCCGUCGCUGCUCCGCAUCGCGAAGCCUCUCGCGAAUUCCCUCGCGAAUCCCGUCGACCCUGCUACGACGACUGCGGCCGCUGCUACUGAAGGCAGUGAUGCUGCGGCGGCUGCGUCCCCAGCUGCGCCUACUAAUAAACACCCGCAAGCGAAGACCACCCACUCUUCAUUCGGCCUUCCGCGGAGAUCUGGCUUCCGCGCUACCAGCGCAGCGGCUUCCGCCACUCCCGCUGCCGCCGCCGCCAACGACGCCGCCGGCGCCGCCGCGAGCAAAAUGGCCGCCGUCCAGCCGCAAUGGCGCAAAGGCCCGAUUCGGUAUUUAGGCGGUCCGGUGGUCGCGUCAGCAACGCUCGACGUGUACUUAAUCUACUACGGCUCCUGGCCCGCGGGCAGCGGGCAGGAAGUGUUCGAAAAUUUCGUGCGGUCGUUAAGUAGCACCACGGAGCAGGGCGGCCGCAGAGGCGGCGGCGGCGGCGUGGCGACCGUGAAGCAAUGCCUCUGCGGCGUCUUGUCUGCACCAACCCACCCUCCCACCAUCACCGCUCCUCCCUGCCCCUUCCCAUCCCGUCCCUUCCCAUCCCGUCCCUUCCCAUCCCGUCCCUUCCCAUCCCGUCCCUUCCCAUCCCGUCCCUUCCCAUCCCGUCCCUUCCCAUCCCGUCCCUUCCCAUCCCGUCCCUUCCCAUCCCGUCCCUUCCCAUCCCGCUCUCAUCCCCCCUGCUCUCCGCCCCUGCCCGCCCCAUUCCCCCCCAUCUGCCCUCCCCACUCCCCUCCCUAUCUGUUUCUCUCUCCAGCCGUGAAGCACGUACUCACAGCGGGCGACCUGCCGUUUGACAGCAGCGCCAUCUACAUGCUGAUGGGCAGCAAGGACGUGCGCGUGUCGGGGUUUUGCACCGACUACUGCGGCUGGCACUCCCUGGCGUCGCACAACGGGGCGAACCUCGUGUACGGGUUUCUGGGCCACCACGGCGCCUGCCCCAACGGCUGCAUGACACAGAAGGGCACCUCUCCCAACAACAACCCCGGGAUCGACGCUACAGUCUCCACUCUCGCGCAUGAGAUUGCCGAAGCUGCCACCGACCCUGACCUCCGAACCGGCUGGCUAGCUCCGUCCGGCGACGAGAACGCAGACCUGUGCUCCUGGCAAUACGGCAACUCCAACCCUCUCACCGGGAAAGCCGUGGUGAAAUUUGCCACAGGAACGAGUGGUAACCAGUACCGUUACAACCUGGUGGGAGCAGGUGGGAUGCGGUUCUUGGUCCAGCAGAACUGGGAUAGGACGAAGCAGAAGUGUGUGAUUCGAAUUGGGGGUGGGGAAGGGGGAGGAGGUAUGUGCAGGGUGCUUUCUGGUGGGGUGAAGGAUCAGCUGUGUAGAACAAUCGGGACUUGCUGCUAG